UACCAAACCGGUUAAACCGGACCCAUACUCCCUUCAAAUCCUCAAUCACAUUCUAUCAACGAUCUCAUUCCUCCACGUCGUUCCCCAUCCCCUCUCUGUUUCCAUGGCUGUUUCAAAUGCAUUCGUGAGUUGCCCAAAGCUUGAGACUUUAUUGAAACACCAUACUCUAUUUUCUUCUUCUUCUUCUGCGUCUACGUCUACGUCUACACCAUUGGGUCUCAUUGGUGUUCGCUCUCUUCCGAGGAACAAUAGAGUCAAACGUGGUCUUAUCCACAGAGCACGUUGCGAACUUUCUCCGUCUGAUUCUGCGACCAUCUCUGCUCUCGAACAACUCAAAAACUCUGCACCUGACAGAUAUACAAAGGAGAGAAGCAGCAUUGUGGUGAUUGGUCUAAGCAUUCACACAGCUCCUGUUGAGAUGCGUGAGAAGCUUGCUAUCCCUGAAGCUGAAUGGCCACGAGCUAUUGCUGAAUUGUGCGGUUUGAAUCAUAUCGAAGAGGCUGCUGUGCUCAGUACUUGCAACCGUAUGGAGAUUUAUGUUUUAGCUCUUUCUCACCACCGUGGCGUCAAAGAAGUCACUGAAUGGAUGUCUAAGACAAGUGGGAUUCCAGUUUCGGAGAUUUGCCAGCACCGUUUCCUUCUGUACAACAAUGAUGCUACGCAGCAUAUAUUCGAAGUCUCAGCUGGUCUCGACUCUCUCGUCCUAGGAGAAGGCCAGAUCCUUGCGCAGGUGAAACAAGUUGUUAAAGUUGGCCAAGGAGUGAACGGCUUUGGUAGGAACAUCAGCGGUCUGUUCAAACACGCCAUAACAGUUGGGAAACGUGUCAGAACGGAGACAAACAUCGCCGCAGGGGCUGUGUCAGUCAGCUCAGCAGCUGUCGAACUUGCUCUGAUGAAGCUUCCCAAAUCUUCUUCGCACGCGUCGUCCGCUAGGAUGUUGAUCAUCGGCGCAGGGAAGAUGGGGAAGCUUGUGAUAAAGCAUUUGGUAGCCAAAGGUUGCAACAAAAUGGUGGUGGUCAACAGAAGUGAGGAGAGGGUUACAGCUAUACGUGAUGAGAUCCCUGGCGUUGAGAUUUUGUAUCGAACUCUUGAUGAGAUGCUAGCUUCUGCUGCUGAAGCGGAUGUUGUGUUCACCAGCACAGCCUCUGAAGCACCACUGUUCUUGAAGGAGCACGUAGAGACUCUCCCUCCUGCAGCUUCUCCGGAGAUUGGAGGAGUGAGGCUUUUUGUUGACAUCUCUGUUCCAAGAAACGUUGGUUCUUGUGUGAACGAAGUAGAAACCGCACGGGUUUACAAUGUGGACGACCUCAAGGAAGUAGUUGCCGCCAAUAAAGAAGACAGGUUGAGGAAAGCGAUGGAAGCUCAGACCAUUAUCGCGGAGGAGUCAAACCAGUUUGAAGCGUGGAGGGAUUCGCUAGAGACGGUUCCUACGAUCAAGAAGUUAAGAGCUUAUGCAGAGAGAAUCAGGAUGGCAGAGCUGGAGAAGUGCAUGUCCAAAAUGGGAGAUGACAUCAACAAGAAAACGACGAGAGCUGUUGAUGACUUAAGCCGAGGUAUCGUGAACAGGUUUUUACAUGGUCCAAUGCAGCAUCUGAGAUGUGAUGGGAGUGACAGUAGAACGCUCAGCGAGACACUUGAGAAUAUGCAUGCUUUGAACAGAAUGUAUGGUCUCGAGAAGGACAUUUUGGAGGAGAAGCUCAAGGCGAUAACAUCGGGACAACAAAAGUAAAAGAUAGGGUCCGGUCCAUCUCUUUUGACAGACAAUAUUACAUGGAUAUGGCUUCCCUGCAAAUCCGAGUAAAUUGCAUAUAUAUCAUUAAGCUGAGGAUCUAUAUGAUUCAUAUCAUUAAGCUGAGGAUCUAUAUGAUUCAUUUAAGGGAAAAUUGUCAAUAGAGAACAAAAAGACAAGGGUGUUGUCCCUUUGGUAUAAAUUCUUUUUUGUCCAAUUUUUCUCUUUUUUACCCUUUGUAUUUCUAAAAACUAAUGAAAUAAAUAGUUUUGUGAAUCAAAAAAAUAUUAAAAAUGCAAACAAUUAAUAAAACACAUAUAUACACAAGCUGA